AUGCCGAUGAUUGACGAUAGGUCGGCAAUUUCUGUCAGCGACUUGUGGAAACAAUGUCUCAGGUCGGUUUUUCUACUUACAGGUAAUCAAACUGAACGAGAGAGGGAGUUAGAUCGUGAAGUAGCAUUCUAUUACAGCAACGCUUUCUCCGACAAUACGAAGAGGACAUACACAACACACAGAAAUUCUUAUAUUAAAUUUUGUGAGCAUUUCGGCUACGCUGCCGUUCCGGCGUCGUCGAAUACUAUAUGCCGUUAUGCUGCUUUUCUUGCCAAAUCCCUCAAAUUUAACUCCGUCAAACAGUAUCUGAAUAUAAUCCGCCUUUUGCAUGCCGAGUGGAAUCUUCCGAACCCGCUUUCAAAUGACUUCCGCCUUACCACAAUGCUGCAAGGCAUACGCCGACACCUUGGUGAUAAUGUGGUGCGCAAAAGACCGAUUACCCCUGCUAUGCUCCUCGCUAUCAAAUCAGCCUUGGAUUUUACAAACUCGCUUGAUUCAACCGUAUGGGCAGUCGCACUUACGAUGUUUUAUGGACUUUUACGGAAAAGCAAUGUUUUACCGAGUCUUGCCAAGGCCUUCCAUCCUGAUAAACAAUUACGACUGUGUGACAUAACGUAUCAUAAUUGGGGUAUUCGGUUGCACGUUCGAUGGAGUAAGACUAACCAGUUCCAGUCUAAAUCAUUGGACAUUCCUUUACCACGCCUUCAACAUCAUCGUCUAUGCCCGGUGCAGGCAAUUUUUCACGCUGCCCGACAGACUGCCGGAGCUGACCCCUUUGGCCCCGCCUUCCUGUGUGUUAUCGGGGGUAACGCAAAACCAUUAACUAGCGAACAAUUCAUAGUGCGAAUACGUCAGUGCUUGGAGGCGGCCGGUAUUCCUUCUUCCAACAUCGCAAGCCACUCAUUCCGACGCGGCGGUGCAACAUUUGGUUACAGCAUCGGCCUUUCUCCCGACGCUAUCAAACUGUUAGGGGACUGGCGCUCCAACUGCUACCAACAAUACAUAUCAGACGAUUUUCGGCAGCGUUUCCGAACAAUUCAAUUAAUGCAACGCGCAAUCAAAGACAGCUUGUAAUUAUACCUCGUUACAUUACGUCUACUCCUACUAACCAACACCUACACUUGGGUUUGGGAAGGUCAAUAGUCAAACAGUGUUUGUUAAUACAGUGCUUUUAUCUCAUUGUUGAAUUAUGUUAUGUGGAACAUUACGAGCUUGAUAUAAUUGUAUUUUUAGUAUCAUUCAAUGUGCGUACCUUCGCUUUGUCAUAGAUCAUUACUUGAAUUCACAUGUAUCACUCAGCGCUACCAAUUGGAUGUUAUAGAUGUAACUUUCACAUGGUAUUUGUUGACGCAUACUAGUAUUUGAUUUAUGCUCUUUUGAGCGCGCAUUUUUAACUGUUGUAUAUUAUGUACGGUCAGCGCGCGCUUUUUACUUUGAUAUUAUAUGUUUGCGCGCGCAUUUUUGUACUUUGAGCUGUAGUUAGUAUGUAGGAAUAAAAGCUCUCUUUCCCCCCUUUAUACUUUGUUUGGUCUUAAGUUUAAGUUGAAUUAAGAUUCUUAAUUGUAUUUAGACGAGAGACUAAACGCGCUGUUGCCCAUAUGUUUGU